CACAUGUAAAAAUUAAAAAGUGGUAUUUAUCAGAUCCAUUUUUUCGAGCAGAGUGAAUGUGAUGAAGAACUCGGCAUUCCGGAAGAAAUUCAUGAAGCAUCAGCAACUAUGGAUUGAGGUUGUUGUCAGAAUUUGUUUGGUUGUGACGUUUGUGUUGAUGGAAAAACUCCAACCGUUUGAAAGGAAAAUACACCCCGACGAACUAUGGCUGUACAAGUACCCACUGACUGAAAGCUAUGUUCCAUCUAGGAUGUUAUGGCCGCUCGUUGUGUUUGCCCCCUUAAUUGUGAUAUUCAUUAUGUACUUCUUUCGAAGAGAAGUAUUGGAUGUGACACAAUCACUGCUAUCAUUCACACUUGCUUUAGGAAUUAAUGGACUAGUCACAGAUAUUAUCAAAUUAACUGUUGGUAGACCUCGUCCAGAUUUUUUCUGGCGUUGCUUUCCAGAUGGUCAUGCCAAUCCUGCCAUGCUGUGUACUGGAGACCAAGCUGUAAUAACAGAAGGAAGAAAAAGCUUCCCCAGUGGGCAUUCCUCAUUUUCCUUUGCCAGCUUGGGUUUCAUCAGCCUGUACAUGGCCGGUAAAUUGGGCGUGUUCAACGAGAAGGGACGUGGCCAAAGUCUCCGUUUUCUUGUAUCACUUUUACCAUUGCUGAUAGCCUUGACCGUCGCUUUGAGUAGGACAUGUGACUAUCAUCACCAUUGGCAAGAUGUGCUUUGUGGCUCCUUAUUGGGAUUGUUAAUAGCUUACUUUUGCUAUCGACAACAUUAUCCCUCCCUCUAUUCACCUGACGCUGACAUCCCACUAGUGGUAUCCAAUCCCAUGUUGGACACUUCCAACGCUUCCAGUGUACUGCCAUUUAAAACCGUCUGAUGCAAUGACCAGCAAGAAGUCUAUUUACGCAUCUACAUCACUUAAGUGUCACAAAAUUGUGCAAAGAAAAUCAACAGGUAUCUAAAUAAAUAUUUAAAAAACGUA